AUCCUCAUCGCAGACCCGAGCAUUUCUUCAGUCUCCUCUCCCCGAUCUCAGAUCGAUCUGUAGCCCCCGACUGAACCCAUCACCCGCCUCUCCGGGCGGCCGGCGACCAUGGCUCCGCCCCCAUCCCAAACCCUUCCCAUCAUCAUCCUCCUCCUCCUCCUCACCCUCCUCGUCUCGCUCGCCCCCGCCCCCGCCGCGGCAGCGUUCUCCGGCCUCGACACCUUCCUCGAGGCGGCGGCCGCGCGCGACCCCUCCGCAGGCAACGACACCUUCGCUGCCCUCCCCGCCGGCCUCCGCCGCGCGCUCGCCGCCCCGACUCCGCUCCUCCCGUCCCGCCUCCUCUCCCUCUCAGCCGCCGUCCCCGUUCACGUCCGCCUCGCCGGCGGCUCCUUCCCGGCUUCUUCCGGGCGCGUACUCCCAUCCCUCGUCUCCGCCGCCGUCUCCUCCUCCCGCUUCCUCUCCAGCCGCCGCCCGCACCGUCUCGCGCUCUCCCACAUCCUCCACCUCGACGUCACCGGUCCCGCCGCGGCGUCCAAUCUCGCGUCCCGGGCCGGGGCCGCCGUCCGCGCCCACCUCGACGCCUCCCCCGCGCCCUUCCACUCCAACCAACUCUCCUCCGUCCCCUACUCCCUCGUCGACGACCUUGUCGCCGAAGACUACCGUGCUCUUGCCGGCUCCGGCUCCGGCUCCGGCUCCCCUGAGGCCAUCUACAUCUACUUGCUCGACCUCGGCCCACAGCCGCGGCAGUACGCCUACACCGCGGCCGCCUCCGGCGCAGACGCCUCAUCGCCCGGGUUCUCCCGCUGCCUCGGUCCCGUCUGGGCCGGGAAGGACCGGUACAUUUGGAUCGACCUUGGUGCUGGCCCCGUGAACUACGGACCAGCGCUCUCCGGCGAGGGCGUGCUCCCCCGUGGUGAGUUCCACCCUCUUGCCACCCUUCACGGCCGGCCCAAGUCGGAGAAAGCACUCCUCGCCGACCUUGCAUCGCUGGUUCUCAGUGCUUACAAGUCUUUGCUAGUGCCUUCACUCAGAAUUCCGGUGCAUUACGAGAACUCGUUGCUUAUUCGGUUUGUUCACAUCCAUGGGAACGAGAAGGAUCCAGCUGGGCUUGAUUUCGGUUCAAUUGAGCAGUCAAUUCGUGAUGGGGAUCUUCCUUAUGAUGGGCAGAGCUUGAAAUUUGAUUUGCACAAGGUCAAGUACUCGGAAUGCCCAAUCUGCUCAUUUGCAAUUGCCCGGUCGACAAACUCAUUUACAUCAAGGUUCUUAUUUGAGAAUUACACAUUGAUAGUGAAUGAGUACUUGGACUCCAAGCGGUUGAGGCAGGUGCUGUCAGACUCAUCAGAUGAGAUACAUCGUCUGGCUGGGGUUCAUGACAAUGAUGAUUAUGACAAGGUUGUUCCAGUUUUUGUGUUCGAUUUGGAUCACGAUAAGCUUUUGCCUCUGGAUAGGUACCACCAGGCAGUGGCAUUCGGGGAUAUGGUGGUUGCUGUGAGGACGAGGAGCUCUCAAACAGUAAGUGACUAUACUUGUAAUGGUCGGCAUGUGAUUACAAUGACUAGAAAUCUUGAGCGCCCAGUCAUCGGCUCAGUCCUGCAGAGCAUGUGGGGUGUUUCACCAACACAUCUGUCAUGGAGCCCUGAGCAUAAUGCAACAGUUGUCGAUUACUCUUGGAGCACUGGACAUACACCGUUUGGGCCUUUCUCAGAGACCAAAUCACUAUCUUUUGUGCAGAAAGAUGCAGCACGUAGGAAUGUUCUUCUUACCACCCUGAACUUCACAAUCACUAGCAUGAUUGAUGUUUUGGAGUCGAUGGCUGCACAUGGUGGGGAGAAUAUACUCCUUAGAAAGAAAAGGCAUGUUGAAUUCUUUCAGAGGUGGAAUCUGAUCAUGUUUAAAUUGGAGAAGGUGGUCUCAGCCAUGUCCCGCUUGGACUAUGAGAAGGCAAUGUACUUUUUGAGAGCUUCAGACCAUGAUCUGUAUGCCAUUCACACAUUGGUGUAUCAAGCAUCGCAGGAGCUGGAGGCUUCACUGGUUUGCUUCAAAGAUCCACCAUUCCCAUGGGUACCAGUUUCCAUGUCUGGAGUGUUUGUUUUUGGUUUCUUUUAUGUGUACUCGAAGAGGGAUAAGUUGUUUAGGAGCAAAAGGAAACAGUUUUGAGUACUUGACAGCAUUUUAGUUCAUGGAUACUGUCUGAAUGUUUCAGACUGAUGAUACCAUAUUUUGACAGCUCUCAGGAAGCUGCACUCUUGCAUGUGGCAUGGAAUUGUCACUGGACACGGGCUGCAUCUUGUUUCAACCAGAUGAAUUUACUUGUACGAGAUGUACUGGAAUUUUUGAGGGAAGUGAUGCUUCCACUUGUCUUGUAAGUUCCAUGUGACUGAAUUGUCCUUGAUACAUACUGUUGAUCUACAUUUUUAAGAAUUGCUCUUGUA